CUUUAGUGAUUAUCCCAGCGCUUUUGAGCAGAACUUCAGCAGUGACUUCCCAAACCCUGUUGAGCAGAGAUCUUGCACUGGGGACUCGUGCAGAAGAGGCAUCAGCAAUACAAUGAGCACAGGCACAGCUGAGAGUUGUGGGAAAAACCUGCCUUGUAGAAUGGAUCAUCUUCUCACAGCUGUAGAGAAUGAACUGCAAGUUGGAAGUGAGAAGGGGGACCCCACGGAAAGGGAACUUAAAGUCAAUUUAGAAGACACAGACCUUUGGAUAAGGUUUAAGGAACUUACCAAUGAAAUGAUAGUUACCAAGAAUGGAAGGCGAAUGUUUCCUGUGCUGAAAAUAAGUGUCACUGGUCUGGACCCAAAUGCUAUGUACUCUUUUUUAAUGGAUUUUGUGACUGCUGAUAACAACCGCUGGAAGUAUGUCAAUGGAGAAUGGGUUCCAGGUGGCAAACCCGAGCCCCAGGCCCCCAGUUGUGUUUAUAUCCACCCAGACUCACCCAACUUUGGAGCUCAUUGGAUGAAAGCACCAGUUUCCUUUAGUAAAGUAAAACUCACCAACAAAAUGAAUGGAGAAGGCCAGAUUAUGUUAAAUUCGUUGCAUAAGUAUGAACCCAGAAUUCAUAUAGUAAGAGUUGGGGGACCACAGAAAAUGAUCACAAGCCAUUCAUUUCCAGAGACACAGUUCAUAGCUGUGACAGCAUAUCAGAAUGAAGAGAUUACAGCUCUCAAGAUUAAACACAAUCCAUUUGCUAAAGCUUUCCUUGAUGCCAAAGAAAGAAGUGAUCACAAGGAUUUUAUCGAUGAUGCAGAAAAUGGUCAGCAGUCUGGUUACUCACAAUGCAAUUGGCUGAUUCCUGGAACUGGUUCACUCUGUUCUUCUUCCAAUCAUCAUUCUCAGUUUGGAGCACCACUAUCAAUUCCCUCAUCACAUGGGUGCGAGAGAUAUACUACUUUAAGAAACCACCGAUCCUCACCUUACCCCAGCCCCUAUACCCACAGGAACAAUUCUCCUCCAAGCUACACUGAAAACUCAUCUGCAUGUCUCCCAGUGUUCCAAUCCAAUGACCACUGGCCUGGUUUACAGAUGCAAACCCAUACCGGCAUGCUGUCAAUAAAUCACACAAAUGGAAGCCCAUCUAACUCUUGUCAAUAUCCAAGUUUAUGGUCAGUAAGCAACAGUACAAUCGCCCCACUGCCUCAAACAGGAUCAGUUGCCAAUGGACUUGGGUCACAGUAUCUUCGGAGCUCAACAUCGCUUUAUGCACCAUACAAUCAGAUAGUUCCUUCCCCCACCAUGGGAUCACCCAUAUAUGAGGGUACCCCCACCGAAAUUGAAGAAAACCAAUAUGAUGUCACAGCACAUGACAGACUUGCACCUUCUUGGGCUUCUGUGACACCUCCAUCAUUAUAGGACAAAAACUUGUUUCUAUUGACAUUUGGCCUCUGAAAACAUUAAUGCAGCUUAUUUUACAAAUGGAAACUUUAUCAAGAAGAUAACAAGAACUGAGAAAUUUCAGUUGAUGGUACUGUACAGAAAAUGUGGGGUCCACCAGUAGAUCCUAAUCUUUCAAUGCUCACAUCAUUUUGUAUUAAUUAUAAAUAUACAAUAUCUGCAUAUGAAACAUCACCUUCAUUUUAACUCAUUACUGUAAUGUAUUCAUUACACUUCAUAAGAGCAAUGUAUAACAUUAUUGUCAAAAAAAACAUACACGGUGACUUGUUUUUGCAACAAAGGAUAUUAUUUUUAUCUUUUUAAUUGUCUUAAUAUAUUUUCUGCAUUUAGUUUGGUAAUGUAAAUAAUGAAAGUAAAAUCAAAAAUUGUUGCAGGUGUUAUAAUAAAAUAAAUAAAAAUGGUAAAACAAAUUGUAACAUAUAAUACCUGCUAGAUGCUAGUAAAUCACUAGCCAAUUUCCUAAUUUUGACUAUUUAUAGCUCUAUUUAAUUAUACCAAUGGAAAGCAUAUCCAGCUUUGUAGGACUCCUAUGAUCCAUAGCUAGAAGUUGGUUUGGUGAGGAUAAGGAGAUGUGUCCUUGCAAAAAGAUGGAGGGACAAUACUUCCACAGCUUUGCCUUAGAACUGUUCCUUCUGCAAACAUGUAUAAUAUUUAUAAUAGUGUAUAAAGUCAUUUUAUGUUGAAUACA